AUGGUUCAUCGUCCUGGUUCACGAUUUGGUCCAAGCGAUUUAGGGGCCGUGAGGCGUUAUCUUCGCAACAUGGUGGAGAGAAACAACAACAGUGACAUAAAAACUAUGGAUKUGUACGAGGACGUGCCGUGGCUUCUAGAUCACGUCUCGGAUCCUCUGUUCAAGAAAAACCUUUGGUACUACUUCGUUCCGAGGACAAAACGAAGCCGAACCGUACCAGGAAGAGGAGAGAGCGAAGGCGGCACAUGGAAAUCCACCGGUAAGAAGAUUAGCAUCGAGGACGGAAACAAGAGGCCGGUCGGUUACAAGCGGAGUCUCGUGUUCAACAGGAAAGUAAAUGGAAAGAUUCCAGAGAAGACCAACUGGCUUAUGACUGAGUUUUCAUUUCACAAGGAUGGUGGUGAGUUCCAAGAUUUGGUCUUGGUUUUGCUCCGAUACAAAAAGGACAAGAAAGACAAUCUUCUUGGAUUCAACGACGCCCCUCCGCUAGAUCAAGAGCAUGAUGAGGUCCCUCAGCUAGAGCAAGAAGAUGUUGAUUUAGAUAAUUAUGUUAACGAGCUUGAGAGCACGUUGAUUGAGGAAGAAGAUCCACAACAAGAGCAACAAAAUACAUCGAAUCUUGGAUUCAACGACGCCCCUCGGCUAGAGCAAGAGCAUGGUGAGGUCCCUCAGCUAGAGCGAGAAGAUCGUGAGGUCCCUCGGCUAGAGAGAGAACUUGUUGAUUUAGAUGAGUUUUUUAAUGAGCUUGAGAGGACGUUGAUUGAGGAAGAAGAUCCACAACAAGAGCGACAACAUACAUCGAAUCUUGCUUUUCCUCCGCAGAGCAACUACAAGGACGACAUGAUCAUGAUGAUGUCGCCUCUUGCUCCUCUUCCUCCUUCUCUUCAAGGUCAAGGUUUUGGGUUCCAAACGAUGAUUACAACGACGCAGAGCAACGGGAACGACUUCUUUAUACCGAGCAACGACAACAACGUCUUUACGCAGAACAACAAUGUAUUGAUGGAGAACAACGGGAACGAAUUAUUUCUACCGAACAUGGAGAACAACAUCUUUAUGCAGACUUUCGACAACAACUUCUCAAUACCGAACAACAACAACGUUAUGAUGCAGAACAACGGGAACGACUUGUUUAUACCGAACAACAAGAACAACGUCUUUAUGCAGAACAACGGGAAUGACUUCUUUAUACCCAACAACGUCUUGAUGCAGAGCAACGACAAUAGCGUCUCGAUGCAGAGCAACGACAAUAACGUCUUGAUGCAGAACAACUUGGUGAUGCAGAGCAACGACAAUAGCGUCUUGAUGCAGAACAACGGGAGCGACUUCUUGAUGCAGAGCAACGACAAUAACGUCUCGAUGCAGAAUAACGGGGACGACUCCAUGUGGAACCAUGUGGAUAAUUUUGGUUUUGAAGGCGCGGAGUAUGUGAUGUUGGACAUAGAUCAACUACUCAUGUAA